GAGGAUUCUUGUUUUUCCAAUAAUGUAACGAAUUUUCUCUCCCUGUACGUGGAUCUUGCCGAUUCGGAAACCAGGCCGGCUGGAUGGACUGUGAAAGCUGACAUCAGCCUUACUCUUGUCGACCAAGUCAAAGGAACUUCAUCCCUGCGAAAGUAUAGCACACACAAUUUCAAUGCAGAGGAGCAUGAUUGGGGAUUCACGUCUUUCGUCGCGAUCAAAGAACUUCGUAGUCCUAAUGAAGGAUUCUUUGUGAAUGAUACACUCAUUGUUCAAGCUGAAGUUUGCACUGCUAAGAGAACCAAGUUUGAACUGAAUCUAAGUUCCUUAUCAGGUGAAAAAGGACAUGGAGGUGAGGCUGGUUCACAGGAAGAGACAGCUGAGCUCUCUCGAGUAGAGGUUACGAGACUUGGAGAGGAAGACCUGAAGCUGGAGGCUGAGAUUCGGCAGUUAUCUGCUCGCAAGGCUAUAAUUUUUUAUCAGAGGAGCUCAACCGUGGCCGAACUGGACAAGGCCAAUCAAGAGGCUGUCAAGGAAUUGGAAGAGCUGAAGAAGCAAUGCGAUGAGAGCAGGCAAGCGGUGGAAAAUAGGAUGAGAGCCAAGGAGAGAUUGGCUCAGUCCAAUGCAAGUUGA